ACAACUGGGACUUGAACAUCUCUUACACAACGGUGUCUUUUUCAUUCUGCCUGCAUCUCCUAGCCGGUGUGUGGUAACCCUACACGUUUGUCAGUUUUGGUUUUCUAAUCAAAGACGCGUAGGAAAUGAGUGGGGACCAUUCCAACAGCGAGGGCCAGAUUGACUGUGGCUCCCGUUUCAAUGACUCUCACAAGCAUAAAGACAAGUAUAAAGACAAGGAAUACAAACAUAAGGACCACAAGAAGGAUAAGGAACGGGAGAAAUCCAAGCAUGGCAACAGCGAUCACCGGGACUCCUCGGACAAAAAACACAGAGACAAGGAGAAGGAAAAGAUGAAGCACAAAGAUGGCAGCACAGACAAAUACAAGGACAAGCACAAGGAGAAGAGGAAGGAGGAGAAGAUUAAGUCCCUUGAUGGUAAAGUCAAAAAGGAAAA